GAUCUAUUCCACGAUGUACACUUAUACUUCUUACCAUUCAUCAUUUGCUCGAUUAUACUCGGCGUUUGGGGACUGAAUAUUACUGUGCGUGUGGUAAAUAAUCUGCAUUCGGAUUAUAGCACUAUGAAAAAAAUGUUUUGCCUACAAUUAGUUUUGUUGCUUUGCAAAAUGCAGUACUUAAUUUUAGAUCAACAAUUGGAUCGAAUAUUGCUUGGGGGCUUGUAUCCAAUGAAUCACGUUAUAUACAAGCAAACCAUCAUCAAUACUUUGAUCUUAGUGGAGAUGGUUUUGGUGUCGCUAUUCGCGCAAAAUGCGUACAGAAUUCCAAUUCAAAUCGAAGAUAAUUAAAAGACCUGCAAAUAAGAAUACUUUAAAUAUAAAUAAGUUACUCAAGUACAGCACUUGAUAAAUAUUGAGCUACUAUUUAUCAUACUAAAUUAGUUUGUUUGUUUCAAAAGUAA